GACCCGCUCCAAACCCAUAAUUCCCGGACCUGUACCGACCCAGACCCGGAGUAGCCAGUACAGGUACCGGUUCUGAAUGUUGAUACCCGGAACAGACCGGUACAGGUAUUGGUUCUGGCCUAUUCCCGAUCUGUACCGGACCGAAAUACCCGGUAAAUUAGAGCCAUUGAUAUUUUUUAGGAUAUUACAUCCUAGCCAUCCCUUGUAGGUUUAGUCUCAUCUUCAAACAUAGGGUAUAUCAUUUUAUUUUUUUUCGUUUUUCCCGAUCUGAACUCCUCCUUCACUGAAGAGUCUGAAGAAGAGAACAAGAACAAGUGAACAACAUGCACCAUAGAUCGUGAAAUUUCUUUGUUCAUACGUAUCAAUUUUCACCCCCCACAGAUUCAAGUAAACAAAGAUUCUUAAUAAGCUUAACGAAUAAGGUGACGCACUGACGCAGUGACGCUGAUGCUGUUGUUUGAGUUCUGAAAGAAGUAGAAAAGGCCUUGUAGGCCUUUGAGGUGCUAAAUGGGGAAGCGCAAAGCACCAGAUGAUUCCAAUGAUGCUGAUGGCAUUGCUCCUGUUAGUAUGACUACUCCAAAUACAAGUACAACUAUUGGAGCAGAAGUUGGAUCAUCCUCUCAAGCUUCAUCUCACACAAAUGAAGCUGAAACUACACCAACAAGUACAACUGAAGUUAGUGCAAGCAAAAAGAAGUAUGGCAAAGUGAGAUCUGGAGUUUGGUUGGAGAUGACAAGGGUAAGUGACACUCAAGCUCAAUGUCAUCAUUGCAAGGGAUUAUAUGCUGCUGACAAUGAUGUACAUGGCACUUCUGGAUUACGGAAGCAUUUGAAUAGAUGUGCAAAGAAUCCUAACAAGAAGGUAGAAAAAGGACUCCUUUGCAAGGAUUUCUUUUCAUUUCUUGUCGCAGACUUAUGGAAAUGUUGUUUUUAGUACUAUGUUUUAAUGUUGAACUUUGAACUUAAAGUGUGAUACACUUAUUAUUCUGUGAUGUUUUAAACCUUUGUUAUUUUGAACUUUGUAAUGUUGAACUUAGUCUUAGACUCUUA